AAAGCGCCGCUGAAGAUGCCUCCGACGUUAUCAUACGGCACAAAGGGUGUCUGGGAGAGAGUUUCCAGUGACCCACUUGUCUGCAAGAUGUAUGCCAUGGAAGUGCUCUUUCAAGCAGUCGGUAGCUGAUUGUCGUCGCGCGCGCCGCGAGAUCUUUCACCGGCGGUUACUUUACUUCGGACUCGUGCUAACACCCAGUGAGAUGCAGGUGCAGGUGGAUGGUGGAGAAAUGGUGCGGGUGUGAACGACUCAAAUCGGUGUAGCUGUCAGUGCGAGAUAAUAAAUUGCUCAAGAGCUCCUCAUGAAUGAAACAGCAGUGGCGGCGCGUCUUAGCAUUUGAUGCAACAAUAAAAUCGUUUACAACAAUAAUAAAGUUAAGUGAUGUUUAACGUGCGAUUCGCUCUCUAACUGUUACUGCGCGGGUGACAAUUUGUGCUUUGUUUGACAGUUAAUUAUAGUGCGAAUGGAUUGUCGUGGAGUUACAUUGUGGUAGAUAGAGGACUUAAUGGGAUCAAGCAUGCUCUGGAUGGCCAUUCUUGGCGCCAUAUUGGUGUGGUCAGCUCCAGGUGCUCCAUCUCGGAGAGGCCAAGCUUAUCAGAUAAGUCCGAAACCUUGCUGGGUCGACGGCCAAGAAGGCACGUGCAUGUUCGUGUACGAGUGCAUCAAAUCCGAGGGGUACCACAUCGGCAUGUGCGUGGACACCUUUAUGUUUGGUUCCUGCUGUGCACACAACGCUACCGACAACAACGUCGUACCCAUCCAACACGACCAACCGGCCGUGCUCUACACUCCUCCUAGUCAACAUAGUCAUACCACUAACAAGCCAAUUAGUCAUAGUAGGCCCAGGCCGACAAGUCAUUCGCACCUAAGUCAGUCAACAAAAGCGCCAAAUCGUCCCGUAACUCCGCCUCCAGCCCAUACUCUGGCGGCCUCUAUGAACGUGAGGCCCAACUUGUCGUCGAGGAACCCCACACAACCACCCCGUCACACCGACGCCCUCUCAGGGGCUAAUAGUAUAGCGAUAGGGGUUUAUACGAAGCCGGGAUGGCAAUCGACGACAGAACCGGGUUUUAUCACGUCUCACAACCAGAAUUCCAUUCAGACGGGCUCCAAACCGCAGUGGCAGGUCACUACAGAACCGGCUUUUGUGACGAGAGUUAAAGCGAAACCUAGUAGUUUUAAGCCGAAGCCGAAACCCACCAAGAAACCGAUACAGAAUACGACGAAGGUGGGCAGCAAGGGGACCACGAAAGCUACCACAAAAAGGCCGCCAACUUCAGCGAGUCCUGUCGUCAACACUGAAGCCACCACUGUGCAAAAAGUUUCAACAGCUCCUGAUUUGAUGCAAACGUCCACGAUUGGAAGUGUUGUCUCAGCUCCAAUUUCGGCGAGAGUUGAAUGUGGUGUACCCAAGAUGACGACCCAACCCCAGUCGAAAAUCGUGGGGGGUAAGAACGCCCCUUUUGGCCGGUGGCCCUGGCAGGUUUCAGUGAGAAGGACCUCCUUUUUCGGCUUCUCCAGCACGCAUAGGUGCGGAGGUGCGAUCCUUAACGAGAAUUGGAUCGCAACAGCUGGACAUUGCGUCGAUGAUUUGCUCACAUCCCAGAUCCGGAUUCGCGUCGGCGAGUACGACUUUUCCAGCGUCCAGGAGGAGUUUCCCUACGUCGAAAGGGCCGUCGCUCGGAAAGUCGUUCAUCCGAAGUACAACUUUUUUACGUACGAAUACGAUCUGGCUCUGGUGCAGCUUGAUAAAGCGCUGGAAUUUGCUCCGCAUAUAUCUCCGAUUUGUCUGCCUGCCUCCGAUGAUCUGCUCAUCGGGGAGAACGCCACCGUCACCGGCUGGGGGCGGCUGAGUGAGGGCGGCACGCUGCCCUCCGUCUUGCAAGAGGUCCAAGUCCCCAUCGUGAGCAACGACCGCUGCAAGAGCAUGUUCCUUCGUGCCGGAAGACACGAGUUCAUCCCGGACAUUUUCCUCUGUGCCGGGCACGAAAAUGGCGGCCGGGACUCCUGUCAAGGCGAUUCCGGGGGACCUUUACAAGUUAGAGGCAAAGACGGCCACUACUUCCUCGCCGGAAUCAUCUCCUGGGGAAUCGGCUGCGCCGAAGCCAACCUUCCCGGAGUUUGCACCCGGAUUUCCAAAUUCGUCCCCUGGAUAUUGAAACACGUCACCUGAGACGCCCCGCACACUUUUCGUGUACAUACAAGUGUACAGAAGUUGUAUAUUUUUGUUAAUUUGCUGUAUAUAAGUAUAUAAAACUGUUUUCCAUUUGUUAAUUUUAGCCCAUGUUAUGCAUAAUUUAUUUAAUAAUACGUACGUGUGAUAUCUGUUAGGUAAGUUCUACAAUUUUGUAAAUAUUUAUUUUUACUCGAGACGAUUUAAUUACUUGUCGGGACAAAAGUUGAUUGUUAAUCCCCGUUAAUUGUUAAAUUUUUGUCGUGAAAAUUUAAUUUUUUGACGAUGCUUCAACCACAUACAUUUCGCUGUUAAUUUAUUCAAAGUCGAAUAAAGCCGAGCCCCUAAUAUGGUGGAUGUAGCGCUUAUAACCGGAUUACUUGAAAUGAGGAAAUUAAGAACCGCAGACGAAAAUGACGGUCGGCAUCUCCACAGCAACCGCUGAAAAAAAACAUAUUUCAGGCGCUGUUUUUCAUAAUCGGAGUCGUGAGACACGGAUUUGUUCCUGAAUGUGAUUUUCCAGUCAUUUGUGAUCAAAUUCUAGAAUUAAGCACUUCUGCAGAGCGUAGAUAAGUUCAUUCAUAUCGCAUUACUAAUCGUAACUUUAAUCAGGGCUACUAAUUGCGUACAAUAUUAGGCUUGUACAUAGGCUAGGAUAAGAGAAAUAUUUAAUUUUGUACUUUUCCAAAGAUGUAAUAAAUAUUUUUGACAAAACAA